AUGAAGCCAGUAAAACAUCCAUUGACCUCUAGUAAUAAGUUAGCAAAAGUACCAGAAGUAACUUCUAAAAAAAGACCACUUAUUCCACCUUUGUCACCUGCACUAAGGGAAAAACAGACUGCAAAAUCAGUACGUGAUAAUCUUGAACCAAUGGUCUUAAGAUCUCCACCAACAGGAGAAUCCAUCAUAAGAUAUGCUUUGCCCAUUCCAUCAAGUAAGACAAAGGAGUUAAUAGCAGAAGAUGAAUUGAUCAGGACAGUUACCAAACGCCUGAAAAUGGUGGUUUCUAAUUUGGAAGAAGCCUAUGGACAUGACAUCCAAAGUGAAGACAAACCAGUUGAGAAUAAAGAACUCACUUUAUCUGUAUGUAUGUUAUCCUAA